AUGUCCUCUGGUCUUGUGUCUCACGUUCGAGUACCAGAAAGUGUCGAACACCAGAAGGGACUCUUUCAAAGCUUUCAUGGACUAUGUAUUGUAAGGGUAGGAACUACGGCUAUGCAGUAUCGUGCACGUGUGGAGACCUCGAUUGGCACGGUAAUUGAAUUCGUUAGAACUGGAGACGGUGUUGAACACGAAAUUGAAGGCUGA